ACUUCGCGUCAAACGUUCCCGGUACGGCAAGCGCGCGGUAUACACACCUACGAUCCACCUUUUAUCGGCGACGUUUUGCUCGAGGAGUCUAGCUUUACCGACCUUCCGAUCAGAUAGAAGGAGGGCUUUGAAACUAUCGUAGCUGCUCCCUUCCAGCUAUCGAGCAACGGACGGUACCCUCCAGUGGAAGCUGGUGAACAUUGCCCAGAGUGCCUGUAACACAGACUCGAGACCAUAGUUACUUUCUGGCUCGUCUAGCGAGUAGCGUAAAUACUUGGCGACCGGUCAGUCGUCACGCGACUGCUUCGAGCACGACUGUUCUUCCGCUGGACGGAAUCGAAGAGCCAUGAGAAUCACAAUCCCGGUGGUUUUGGUUUUAAUGGUCCUGGCAGUGGCUUCGUCCCAGGAUUAUAGUCAGCUGUUCGCAGGAUUCGGCCCUUACCUGAGGCAAUCAGCGGUAAUGCGAGAUCCACGAUCGAACAGGGGUCCAGUGCUGUUCCCUCCGGGCCCUCCGCCAAAUAACGCGGAUUCCAGCGGAGUGAUAGUAGGCGCGAGCGGCUACGGAUUCGUGCCACCCAACCAAGCUUUCUACAGGUUCUUUUACUAUUAACGGCGAGUGGAGGAGAUAGUGAAAUAUUGAGAAAUUUGUGACUGUUGCGCCAUUAAUGGACCAAGUGGCAACGACAAGAAUUUCUCAAGAAAUUGACGAAUUCGUGGAAAGAAAUAAUUUAGGAAGCAAGAAUUCUACGUCCAACUUUGUAUCAUAUACUUUAAUUAUUUUUAUGGUGCUUAAUGUGUUUCUAGCAACAUUCGCGGGCACCCCAUAGCAGUAUUUAUGUAAAGUAAUGUAUUAAACUAAUAUGUAUUGUUAAUGUUUUAUGCAAGUUGCGUCAAUGCAGAAAUUUACAACGGUGGAGAACCCCAAUUUAUUUAAUUUAAAAUUAUGCUCAAUGACAGGAAAGUCUUGUAAAACUUUUUUAUUGCAGUUGCAUUCGUUAAUUUAUUAAAAGAGUGGCAAGAGUGAUAAAGAAAAUUAAGUUUCAAAUAGAAAACGAUUAAUUACUGAGCCAUUUAACCGUAAACAAAUCUUUACAAUUUGAUACAUUUCGUAACCCUGAAGAUUUCUAAUAAGAUAUUUACGCGCAUUUUACUUCACAAAACUACAGUUUUACAACAAGUAAAAAGAUACAGCCUUUUUAAAUACAUGCUAACAUUCUCAUUAAAUAUAUACAGGUUCCACUUCAGCAAGUACUUUUAUAUCACUCCUUUAUCAAUCUUGAUAUACAUACAGUCAAGGUUCCUCGGUUGUAAAUCAAACAAAAAAGAAAAAAGAAAAAAAGUUGUAUCUAAAAUCGUUCGCUACGUUUUGAAACUUCACCGUCUAUCCGAGAUUGCCGUCCUUGCUCAAUUUCCUGUACGUAAACAAAACAGAUAGAAAUCGAGAAACGCGAACGUCAAUCAUUCCGCGGGAAUUAUAUUCAACAUGAUUGCUUUAAAAACGCGUGAAAUUAGCGCUAUAAAUACACGGUAACUUCCUUGCGGCGUUGUUGUUCCGUAUCGGUCCGCGAUACGCGAUACACAACGCGAACCACAAGGUGGUUACCAUGAUUCGGCCAACGUGAUUUCCCAAGCGUGUUGCCUACGGUGCACGCGUGCAUGCCCCGCUUUAUUACAUCACAUCUCGAUCGAUCGAUCGACUAUCCGGGCGUAUAGCUCGGCGGUUAGUCAGACAGGCUGCACUUGAAAUCGAAAUGCGCGAGGCACGCCGAGACCGGCACAUGGGCGGGAAAAUUGCGGAUUGUUCCGUCGAACCGGACCACUGUUCAUCGAUCACGAAGCCAAUCUGGCUCGACCGGUCACGGUUGAUCAACGUAAGUCUGCGCUGUACAUCCAGAGCUGUACAUAAUCCUUGGUGCAAUAAACUUAUUUUUGUUGUUAACGAGAA